AUGUCAGAUUCCGACUUUUAUGGAAUGGACGACGCUCAAGAAGUCGUUGACGAGGAAUGGUACAAGAAAAAUCUUCAGCUUGCUGCGGAGCUGGGGAAAGCCCUGCUGGAGAAGAACCGAGAGCUGGAGUCCCAGCUGAAUCAGCUGCAGAUUGUCAAUCAGGACCAGGGUUUGGAGAUACAGUUUCUAAAGUCCCAGAUGGAAACGAUGAGGACCAUGACAGAAUCAAGAAACAGAAUUUAUGAAGAGGUAGACAGAACCUCCCAAGAACUUGAAAAGAACAACCAGAAAUUUAUAAUGGAGGCAAGAGCUGACAAACAAAAAAUUGAAAAACAGGCAACUCUAAUUCGCCACUUGGAAGAUAAAGUUGAUGAUCUGCAAAAGAAGCUUGAUGACUUUAAGGCUGCCGAAAAGAAGAUCAAUAAGAAGGCUCCAGAAAAACGUCGAACAUCCAGUCUGAACAGGCUCAGUCUCAGCGACACUAAAGGUCAAAACUCUGGCUUCUACUUUGAAAACCUGGCCUGGACAGCGUCAGAUCAGUUCAGAAAUAUUCCACUGAACCCUUAUGAAUACGAGAUCAGGAAACUGCAAGAUUCGGUCCAACAUUUAAAGGUCCAACAAACAAUUGACAGAAGGAAGUUGGAGGAUCUCGAUGUGGAGUGUUCUGUGCUGACGGAAGAGAAUCAAAGCCUGGAGAAUAAAGUCAAGGUCUUAGAAACCAAACUGUCAGAAGCCAUUAUAAUCCAAUACGAGCUAGAGAAUAUGAUGGCUACCUGGGAUCAGCCAUACAGGCGAUAUGUAACAGUAUCUGCUGCUGGUACAGACAUACAUGGAGAGCUGCAUGAGCCGGAGACAAAGAUGUUGAGUGAGCUGGAGCAUGAUGACCCUCAGCUGAGGUCAGAGGCCAAGGCUGUGAAACUGGAGUCUGGAGGUAGUUUGUAUAGUAGUACAGAAUCCAUCAACAAAGUGGCUUCUGAUGCCAAAGAGAUUCAGGUUGGAGAAGAUGCCAGUUUGUCUAUACUCGAUGAACUGGAAUCCCAAUAUCAGUCGCUCUUCACCAAGUACAAUGCACUUAUACAGAGUAAAGGCAAGAAAGAAGGAGAUGAUGACUCCUGCCAGCGUUUGGCCCAUAAAGAGGUUCAAACCUUGCUCCACAUCACUCUUAACCGUGAUUACUACCAAGACAGCGGCAACAUCCCACCAUACAAGGCUCUUUUCAAAGACAUUUUUGCUACACUUAGAAAAAACCGAAUCGAGGAGAUACCGAUUGACCCUGAUGGGGACAAGAGAAAUUCAGCAUGCAGUCCCAUCACAUCUCCAACAGAAGACACAGCUGGCAGAUUGAUUGAUGGGAGAUAA